AUGCAUAACAUCACGAAGUCACGGGAAGAGGAAGAAAUGUGUUUGAAAAAGUGUGCUCAUGUAGAAAAUCAAAAUGAAAAGAAAAGCAAAGAGCAAGAAAUCUCGAAGUUUUCAACUUCCUCGCAUACCGUACCCAAUGGACAUACAAGACUCCACCUCGAUCACCACCAAGGCAUAGUCGCGCCCUCAAAUCAGACCUUACCUGUUAAUGGUUUGUUAAUGGUGCGCCCUUGA